GUUACGGUAGGGUCAUCGUGGGCCGGCUUCUCCGACCAACGGGCAUCUCCCUGCUAUAAGUGCAAACAACACAACCGUGUGUCCAUCAAUCAGCGCAGUUCGCUAUAGCGUCGGAUAUCGAGAGCACCGAAAUAACAUUGACAGCAGGACUACAACGCUAUCGUUAAAGUGGGAAUAGUGAGACGAGCCCCCAGUGAGUAUGACUGCCACGUGGCUCACCUUACUGCUUCUGGCAGCUGCUGCCGCCGCCCAAACGACACACACGCCGUGGAACUAUGGGACAGACACCGAACCCUACAAUCCGGGAACUGAUUACGUCGAAACAACUGUCGCGUCGACGGAGACAACCGCAUCGGACGAGCGUCGCGACAAUCCGAGCAUCGGACUUGUCAACUCGGGUCCCGGCGUCGUGCAAGUCGUCGGCGGUGACAAGCCGACUUUACUGAAUCCAAAGAGCGAGCAAACCGUGGGCGUCGACGCGGUACGCCCCAGGCCUCCAGCCGGGGUUGUGAAAGGUAGCGCAGUCGCCGUCAAGGUAUCCGGAUCGUUAGAUCAAACCGUUUCGUACAAUGUCGGAACAACUCGACAGGUCGGUCGCAUAUCGAAGACACGCGACGCGGGGCCGACGAAGAGGAACCCGUACGAGCGCUACCAGUUCACACAGACGGGAAGCCAGCGGGGCGUCCAGCAGGUAACCACGCAGACGACCCAGCAGCCAACACUGAAACCCCUAGAUAAACCCGAGCAGGGGCGCUUUGCUGGCGUUGAUCCGGGUACUAAGCUCGCAUCGACAAGAAUCGGUACGGGGAUUGGCACGGAGCAGGAUGACUCCGCAGCGUUAGUGAGUGGCGUUGCGUCUGCUAUUCCGUUGGACAGCAUCGCAUUCAACGACAACGAGCCUCAGAUUGUCGGUAACGCGGAUAAGGUCACCGUUCAGGAUUCGCCUUUAGCACGACCUGUUGGCAGCGGCUUUGCAGCUCUGCCCACGGCGUACGCGCGGCCCGCGUUUCAGCUGACGCCACAGGCAGCAGAAGGCGGCUUUUCGCUUCCAGCCGCCGGGAAAGCGCGCGCCAAGGAGACGGACAGAACGAGAGGAUUCGGGGUCCCGUUUCAGUUUAAGCCGAAACCGUUGGACCUUCGUCCGUCCGUGUACGCAUUUUCGCCAACCAAAUCUACAUCAUUUGCGCAAGCGCAGCGCCCAAGCAGUACGCCGUUCGUAGCAGAGCAGCCGCUCGCGCGUACAACACAGACCACCACUACAACUCAGGCACCGACCACCGAAUCACCGUCUGCUGAGCCAGAACCAACACUACAACUAGGCGCGUAUUCCGGACCGCAAACCGACACGCCGCUCGUCACGCAGAGAAUUCGUCAGCCGCUGAGAAUCGAAAGCGAUAACCUCUACCACCCCUACCUCGCCCCCGGCCACCGACCCUACAACUUCAGAGGCGUCUUUCAGAAAUCGGAAGAUCCCGAAUAUCCCGGUGCCGCCAUACCUGUGAUCGAUAACAACUCAGGUAGUGACACCGAGACGCGAGCUGGGUCACAGUUCGUCGCCGAUGCUGGACGACUGCCGCAGCAGAACUACGGCGACCAGCGCGGCGUCGUUUUCGGCUCGUACGAGCGCUCGCAAGCGCCGCUGCUGCAGCGACCAUCGUCCAACAUCGACGCCGUCGGAAACAUCGGCGUUACCGUGAGAGACGGCCAGCGGCCGAACAACGUUCCCGAGCACAUCCAGGAGUACAGCGCCGGCACGGGCGACGACAGAAACUCGGCGGGAGCUUCGCAGUCUAUCGGCGUUGCGGUCAGGGAGCGACAGGAGCCAGCGCCCCAACCGAUAAACGACUACCCUAGCCAUGCCUACACAGCGCCAGCGAUUACUGAGCAACAACAACAACAACAACAACAACAACAACAACAACAACAACAACAGCAGCAGCAGCAGCAGCAGGACAAUGCUUACAACAUGGGACAGUACACCGCCGGGCUGGCCGCUCCCGACAAAGCCGACGUACAUCAAAAUCCGCAGGACGUUCCGACAGACUCGCUUCCGCAAAGAACCAGAGCCAGUCUAAGUUUCGCUGCCGACCAGAACGGAAAUCAGGCCGGAAGCUUCGUGCCGGACUGGAAUUCUCCCGCCGACGCCUCGCAGAAUCUCAACGAGGGCGUGUUCCCGCCGCAGCCGCACUACUGGAGCGUCGGCAACGCCGACGGCGGCAGCGCUCCGCCGCGCUACGACGACCAACUCGCCGACCGACAGGCGCCGGACGUGACCGAUGACCAGCGCUACUACGCCGCCUACGGCGAGCAGAAUGCAGCGCGCUUCAACCCCGGCCUCAACUCGCCCUACUACGAACCCGUCGAUGCCGAACAGCCAGCCAUGGAUUUCCGCGGGUCGCAGUAUCGCGCCAACCUAGGUCUGCCCGUCGGCGAAGCGCAGGAAUCGAUCAGAGUCGGUAAUUCUCAAAUGUACACGAACGUGGGCGCGCCGGUAGACAAUGGGUUGCUAUCGCAAAAUGGUUAUUUCGAUAAUCAGGGUGCGGCAUCGCCCGAUUUAGACACCGAUUUCAUCCCGCAAGGAUUUUACUCGCUGGAUGCACUAAAAUCGGCCAACGGACAACUCUACGAUGCCAACGUUGGUCUGACAGCGGGCCAGGGCCAGGGAAGAGCCGAUAAUGUCGAUGCACGCUAUUCCAGUAAUAUCGGUGUCAAUGUUGACGAGGCGCGCCAUCUAUCGCCGAUUGAAGGCGUUAGUUUGCCAGCAGAGGAUACAAAUCAACCGGAAAACCUUAUUAACUACUCCGGCGUGUUGCAACAACGUCAAGAUCUCAUGCCAGCAUUUGGGCGCGGAAUGACUGCACACGUAGGAGUCUCUGCGCGCGACUACCAAGGCGCACAACAAUUGCCAGAAUUUCCUGCUAGUAUAAUACAGAAUGCGGGUGACAUAAGCCCGCGCCUUUCUUUCGACGGUACCGCGCAAGCCCAGCAGUUGCAGCGCCAGCAGCAGCAGAUAUCAGCCCUACUCGACCGGGAAGAGCAUCAGCAGCAGGACUUCACGCAAACGGACCAAGCAUACAACAUCGACGUGCCUGUCAAGGAUAAGCCGUACGUGUCGUUCAACACGGCAAAGCAGACGGCGAGCGUCGGCGUUCCGAUUAACGAGAAACGACGCACCGUCCUAAUAGGAAGUCACCCGGCCUAUACGAACGUCGGCGUGCAAGUACAGGAGCGCAAUUACCGGCCGAAUGUACUCGAAGCUCAGGUUGCUGACAAAACGCCCAUUGGACAGUUUCCGCAGAGCGGCGGAGCGAAUGUAGGCGGACUGCAGAAUUUGAACCAGCACGGAGCGGGAGCGGCGGCGCCUGAGUCUUACAAAUACGUCGUUUCUUCUCAGCCGGAUUUCUCGCCGACGGGCGCGAUUCAUAACGCGCAGAUUCCCGUUAGAGAUGGAUCGCAGCCGCUGCAGCUUAACAGCCAACACAGGCCUACGUACAGCGUACAGAUUUCACAGCCGACAGGGGCAGCGCGCGCGGGAGAUGCGCGUGGCAUUGUAAACCCGUACGUCGGCGCGCAAGAACCCGAGCCCGAGAAGGUGCAGGUGGGAAACUACGGCGCCUACACGAACGUCGGAGUUCCCGUUAAGGAGAAACCGCAAUACCCGUCGCAGCAAGAGUCGCCGGGAUACGGAACCGGAUACGAAAGCCAGGAGGGAAUAUUCCAAUCCGGUUAUCAACAGGAAGGCAAAACUCCGUCGCGCCUCUCCGUCUACAACCCGCUUACCGGCGGCACGUACACGUACAACACUCAGGCGUACGGUGACAACCAGAGCGGUCCCACCGUACCGCUCGUCGUCGCCGCUGGUGGCUCGAUCAACAACAACCCCAGCGUGACAAGCAGCGGCACCGGACAGGUCGUGCCUGUAAGCGGACCGGAUAACGGAUUCGGAUCGUUCGACGAGCGGGGACUCUUCAAUCCGUGGACGAAGAACAACGGCAAAGUUCCGUUGCCGCUCAACGCGCUCGUCGUCGGCGGCAAGGCGGGCGAAUUCGAUAAAGCGAGCGCGCCGACGCAGCAGAUUCGAGAACGAGCCGAGGUCGGCGUCGCCGUACGCGACGCUGUUGACGCGUACGGCGCCGACCAGCGAGCCGACGAACCCUCUUACACCGAGUUCGACGCCGCCGACGGCAAUCAGUUCGCAAACGCGAGAAUCAGUAAUUACUAUUUCCCCUGGAGCACAACGACGAGGCGGCCUCAACUUGUUUCCAACAGCCGAGCGACUGCACAGCAACGGGCCGGGUUUCUAAACCCGUGGGACGACGGUCGCUCCAGUGCCGGCGCGCGGGUUUAUGAUGAUGACAGACAGGGUAACGAGCAAGCACGGGGCGGUUCAACCCGGUAUGCGACCACGCAGGCUACACCAUCAACGACGGGCAGGGAGUCGUACGGUUAUCAAUUUACGACACAAACGCCGUAUACUGGCGGCGGAGAUGGGCCAACGAUCGACGAAAUGCUAACCGACAUCGACGUUCAGUGCGACACGGAGCGGCGGGUCAUGGCCGUCAACCUUCACUUCAAGCGUCAGUUCACGGGUCUCGUGUACGCGAGAGAGUACUUCAACACGCCGGGCUGCACGUCCGAGAUCCUCACCAGUGCCGACCCCGUCGUCGAGUUCCCGCUCGACGGAUGCGGAGUUCAGGAAGCGGGCGACGUCUAUGAUACCGGUACUGCGCAUCAGGCGUUCGCUAACACCAUCGUCGUGAUGAACGAUCGGCAGUCAGGUGUUCUGGGUCCUUCAGACAGAGCUUACACCGUGUCAUGCUCCACACCAAUAAUACACGCAAACAACGUCGCAGUGCAAACCGGUGUCGCGCAUAUUCAAGGCGGUGCGUUUGAAACAUCCCCUGUCCCACUGCCGGAUAUAUACCUCAAGGUAGUGGCAGGCAAAGAUCCACGUUCUUCGCCUAGCUCUACACUGGUGGUUGGCGAACUAGCAUCCAUCGUCGUUCACUACAAGGAUACUGGAAACUGGGAUAUCUGGGUAACGGACUGUUACGCCCACAGUGGUACUCCUCUAGGCAAGGUGAACCUAAUAGACACGGACGGGUGUCCCAUUAAUAAACAACUCAUCGGAGCGUUCAACAAGAAUCCGCGUUACAACAACAAUGGCGAAACAUACGUUUACGCGGUGUUCAAGAGCUUCAAAUUCCCCGACAAGGACAACGUGUAUUUCGAGUGCAACGUCAACGUCUGUAAAAACAAGUGUAGACCGCGGACGUGCGACGACGAAAGCAGAAGCAGGCGAAAGAGAUCGACAGAUGAGGCGCAAUCGGAUGUAACCAAAAUUACCAAUGUCUACAGAGGCCUCAAAAUCAUUCUUCCCGGCGAGCAUAUAGACGGACAGUUUCCGAUAGGUAUGAACGCGCCGGGAUACAGUCGCCAGAAUUCGCGAUGCAUAUCAAAGUCGACAUUGGCCAUCUCUCUGACGCUGAUGCUCCUCCUACUCUUGGUAUUUGUAAGUGUGGCAUUCUUCCUGGGCAUGCGCAGAAAGUAUAGGCAAGGCGCCCCAAAUAUGCACGAGAUGUUUGAAAUGCCAACCAUUCACCAUAAGCCUUAGGAAAGAACGCGUAUCAUUGUAGCAACACAAUGGUUGUCAUCGCCGCCUGCAAGUUGUCGACGUUGUCGUGGCAACGUCAUCCGGCAGUAGAUGUGCAUUUUGUUACCGCUUUCGUUUUGUUCACACUCGGAGUGGCAUGUUAGAUCAGCUGUACGGGCGUGUGCGGUAGCCGGAUAUCUAGGCCUACUUCAAGCGUGUGCAAUGUUAGCGGGGGCCGCACGCGUGGCGCGGUACUUGGACACGCGUUCAGUGCGAAUUACGUUCGAACAAUUUUGUAAAUAGGUAUAGUUGCGUAAAUUACGAAAUAUCAAAACGCCCUGUCGGAAUACGUCCCAUAUUGCAGAUUAAGCUUAUAACGAGCGUAUUUAUUCAUAUAUUUGCUUCCACGGCACAUUGCUAACUUCAAGCGUCAACACAAGACGUUUCGAUCUUAACGUUUAAUCGUCGAAAAUUCUCUCACGAAUGAAUCUCAAUUGUCAUUGCAAUUACCAUUGUAAUAUAAAAUAACUAUUGCAAUUACUGACGAUGGGGGAAUGCCAUAGCUCUACCAGCCUUUUCGACCGAUGUCACUCAUUUAACGAGACCUCCAUAUCCCCCCCACCCCACACGUACCUGCGUUAGAUAUAUCACCCCUAAAUUACAACUUGCAGCGAUUUACUAAGUAAGAAUACCUCUGACCAACAAAUUAAGCGUGCAACGUCGGAAUUAGUUGGCAGAUGCUUGAGCUAAGUAGCGAGUGAAUUACAAAAGAUUUUCUCUAAAAAGUACAAGAAGAUUUAGUCAAUACGUGUGCUUGUUGCAUCGUGCCCAUUCGCCGCGUGGGUGUGUGAAAUGUGUGUAUGGCCUCGUAAUUUUUAUAUACUAAUUAAACUAACGAAUAUAUUUUAAAUGUUGUUGUUAAAUAUCCCCUGUAUUUGUCAGUAUUAUAAUACUACGAUUUCAUAUGGCCUAUCGUGUGGUAUUAUUAGUUUUAUAAGAUUGUUGUUUAUAUGCGUCGCGCUGUGUGUAAAGCGAUACUGUUCUAAUGUGUUAUGAUUGUGUUGAUACAUAAUUAAUCACAGUUUUAUAUCAUUAUAGCUACUGUAAAAUACAAGCAUGUAAUAAGUAUCAAACCCUCUUUAUAACAAUUUGAACACAUUAUCUUAUGUUUAUUGUUAUGAUAUAAACCCCACCGGGAUUCCCCACUAUCAAAUGUGGCUAUUGUACACAUAAUUACAUUUCACAUGUUAAAGUUAUAGAAAUUAUAUAAAUCGACUAAAUUAUAUUUUUAUUACGAUUAACUCAUAUGGAUAGGAUAACUUAGCGAUCACAUGUUGCGAAGUUAGAUGCUGUUAUUUGUAUCCAAUGCUUGUUAAGGAUUACUGUUUUUAUCAUUUAUAGUCGGUAUAAACGCACACGUUAGUAGCAAAAAAUUAUUUUGGUAAGCUCAGAGAUUAUAUGGCCGAUAUAACUUAUAAGCUAUAUUCUCCUUGUUAGUUACUCAGGAGCGUAGCGGCUUUUCGUAAUGCGAUUAUUUUCUGUAAUUGCAACGUACAGUUUGUAGGAUUCACACAAAAUCCUUAACAGUCUUGAGGUGUUUUCAGGUUUCCUGUGUUAUAAACAUUGCUGGAAUGGAAGCGGGCUGAGCUACGCUCAGCUGAAAAUGUGCAAACACUUGCGUGUGCAAUUCAUGUUUAAUUAUUAUCAAGAGUUCAUAAUUGAACAUUUCUAUUAUGGACUCUUGAUUAUUAUAUAUGCAUUUUGCCAAUGAAUGAUGGCAUGAUCACUAUUGUAACACAUAUUUAAUAUACAUCACUGCCUCCACGAUACAAUACACCUGUCGACGUAAUUGUGAAGUGACUGAAAAUUUGUAAUAAAUGAACUGCAAUCGACCGUAUAGGCA